GAACUGUUCACCGGACGUGCUACCUGUCCAAGACCUGCUGCUUUCAACUCUCUAAAAACAGCAGGAGCGGUAGAGAUACUCUGAAUGAUCGGCUAUGAAAACCAACUGACAUUUACUCCUGAGGUGCGCUCUCUAGAGGCAGCCAAUAGCAAGUUGGAGUUGCAGAUCAAAGAGUUCUACGAGAUGAGAUCACCGACUCACAAGAAGGACCUCAGUGGGUUCUAUGCCACCAUCACAGACAUCCGCAACAAGAUCCAUGCCAGGUCUGUGGAGAACGCUCAGAUGAUCCUGCGGGUGGAUAAUGCCAGAGUUGCAGCUGAUGACUUCAAGAUGAAGUUAGCGACGGAGGCUAACAUGAGUAUGAAGAUGGAAGGGGAUGUGGCUCGUCUGAGAGGAGACCUGGACAGCUUUACGCUCACCAGAUCUGACCUGGAGAUGCAGAUUGAGGGGCUGAAGGAGGAGCUGGUCUACCUCAGGAGGAACCAUGAGGAGGAGAUGCAGUUGAUGCGGACACAGCAGUGUGGUGCUGUGAAUGUGGAUAUGGACUGUGCUUCCUCAGUGGACAUGAGCAAGGUGCUGGAGGAGAUGAGGACCCAGUCUGAGGGCAUGGUGACAAAGAACCAGAGAGAUGCUGCCAAGUGGUUCAAGAGCAAGGUAGAGGUGCUUCAGAGCCAGAUCACCACCAGCACCACAGAGGUGAAGACCUCUCAGUCUCAGGUGACCGACCUGAAGAGGACCUUCCAGAGCCUGGAGAUUGAACUGCAUGGCCUGCUAUGAUGUCAAACCAUCUUAGUGAAUCAGCAUCCCUAAACAUAUAGCAUUUCUCUUUACCCUAUCUCUGUUCCUAAAAUAUGGAAUUCCAUUAGGUUUUUAAAGGAACAUUACACUCCAAAAUCAAAGUUUGUUAGAUGUUUUCAGACCUCCACAGUGGUCUAAUGUGAAGGUGUUCUAACACCUUCAUGCACACCAGUCUAACUAUCUCUGCCCUUCAUCUCCCUCUUUAUACAUUUCUACUACCCUCUCCCUCCUUCCUUCUCCAUUUCCUUCAUCCCUUACAAACAUAAACACAUUCCUGUAGAAGGGGUACUUGGAGGAGAGCGCUGAUAUAUAAACGGCUCCCAGCUGAGCCAGCUGCAGGUUUGUAUCAACAGC